AUGGCGCUCCGCAGGAGCGCCGACUACGUCAUAGUCGGCGCCGGCAGCGCCGGCUGCGUGCUUGCCAACCGCCUCUCUCGCACCGGCGCCUCCGUCCUCCUGCUCGAAUCUGGUGGCGCCGGCGGUGAGACCUCCUUCGACCGGCCGUCUCUUCUCUCGAGGCUUCCGACGGCGCUGGCGCUGCCGAUGCACUUCGAGGGCUACAACUGGGGCUAUCUGGCGGAGCCGGAGCCGGUCUGUGAGAACGCGCUCAUGGGGGACGACAGUGACAUCCUCCCGGGCCGGCGGGGCACGGACGGGCCUCUGCAGGUCAAGCACGGCACCAACAUGCUCGGCACGCCGCUGUACGACGCAUUUGAGGGCACCUCCAAGAUGCCGAUGACCGUCUUCCACUCUGGAAGCUACAAGGGCGAGCGCGCGUCGUGCCGCGCCGCCUAUCUCGAGCCGGCGAUGGAGGCGCAGCCUCACCUCAGCGCUCUCUCGGCGCUCUCUCGGCGCUCUCUCGGCGCUCUCUCGGCGCUCUCUCGGCGCUCUCUCGGCGCUCUCUCGGCGCUCUCUCGGCGCUCUCUCGCCUACCUCGAGCCGGCGGUCGAGGCGCGGCCAAACGCGCACGUGCGGCGCAUCCUAUGGGAGGAUGGGGGCGACGCCCCGACGGCGAAGGGCGUGGAGUUCUCGGUCGGGGGUGGGUCGCAAAAGGCAGUCGCCACCGCCAACAAGGAGGUUGUCUUGUGCGCCGGCUCGAUCGCCUCGCCGAUGCUGCUGCAGCUGUCGGGCGUCGGGCCUCCAAAGCUGCUCUCGGAGCUCGGCGUGGGGGUGGACCACAUGGAGGUCUACCAGAGCUACGAGGUGCUGAAGCCCGUCUCGCUCGCCUCGCACCUCUCGCUCGCGGGCAAGGGCUCCCUCGGCGCCCACUGGCUGGUCACCAAGGAGGGGCUCGGCGCGACCAACCACUUCGAGGUCGGCGGCUUCGUCCGCUCGCGGCCCGGCGUCGAGGCGCCCGACAUUCAGCUGCACUUUCUGCCGAUCGGCAUGUCGUACGACGGCGUCACGCUCGCGCCGUCCUCCACGGGACACUCGAUGCAAGCUCACGUCGGCUACAACAAGCGGGGACCCACCAUCCAUCUCAUCAGCAUUGCCCGCUUUAUUUACUUGUUUAUUCGGCGUAUUCCCCCUGCAGGCUCGCCGGUGAAGCCGAUCGCCCGCUUCAACUACAUGUCGACCGACGAGGACUGGCGCGGCUUCCGCGCCGCGAUCCGGAUCACGCGCGAGAUCAUGGCGCAGCCCGCCUUUGACGGCUUGUGCGGCGACGAGAUCCAGCCGGGCUACGCGGCGCAGACCGACGCAGAGGCAAGCCCGCCGCGAGCGUGGUCCCCGCCGCGAGGCCCGAGAGGAGGCGGCCGAGAGAUCGACGAGUUUCUUAUCGAGCACCUCGAGUCUGCCUACCACCCGUGCGGCACCUGCAAGAUGGGCCCAGCCUCGGACCCCACCGCCGUCGUCGGCGCUGACGGCGCCGUCCACGGCGUCCGCAAGCUGCGCGUGGUGGACGCGUCCCUCUUCCCUGUCAUUCCGAACGGCAACCUGAACUCGCCCACCAUCAUGACGGCGGAGAAAAUGGCGGACCACAUCCUCGGCCAGGGCAUGCUCCCGCCCGACACCGCGCAGGCGGCGAAGACGUGGGUCGACCCCGAGUGGCGCUCGCGGCAGCGGGAGAGGGCACCGAAGGUCAAGACGUGGGAUGGCGUGUUUUGA